UACUGUGCUGCGGAGGCCGAGGACUUGUAAGUCUUACUAACGGCUGCUCAAAACCCUUCCUCAAAAACCCCUUCCAAAAUCCCUUCUCCCUCUUUAAACCCUUCCGUUUUCCUCUCUUCAGCAUCAGAAACUGCCGAUGGAUGGAGCCUUCGAAUUCGAUGCAGCCAGCUCUGAUGAAGAGAUAGAGAGGGAAGGAGAGAGAGAGGAGGCUCAGUCGCCAUGGGAGUUCGCCUCCUACUCAGAGUCCGUGGCCGAGGAACAUGCCCGCAAGAGCACCACCUCCAUCGAUUCGAAGAUCUCCAGAGUUCGUCAGGAGCGCUCCGUUCCUUUGCCCGACAAUGACGACAACGACGAUGAGGAAGACGACAGUGACCGCCGUGCAUCUCAACCGGUCAAGCGAGAAAGUAACAAAGCAGAGGAUGCUGAUGGGGUAAUCGCGCCUGGAGGCACCACUGCAUUUUUUGCAUCAUCAGAAGGAGCGUCUUUUUCAGCAAAUUCAUUCAUUGAACUUAAUCUUUCUCGUCCUUUACUCAGAGCUUGUGAAGCCCUGGGAUAUCAUAAACCAACACCAAUACAGGCAGCAUGCAUUCCCUUAGCAUUAACUGGACGUGAUAUCUGUGGCAGUGCGAUAACUGGUUCUGGAAAGACAGCUGCCUUCACAUUACCUGUGCUGGAGAGGUUACUGUUCCGUCCAAAGCGUAUACAUGCAAUCAGGGUGCUAGUUCUUACACCAACCAGGGAAUUGGCUGUACAGGUUCAUAGCAUGAUUGAGAAACUUGCACAAUUUACUGAUAUCAGAUGUUGCCUUGUGGUUGGUGGGCUUUCAACCAAGAUGCAAGAGGCAGCCUUAAGAUCCAUGCCAGAUAUUGUCGUGGCCACUCCAGGGAGGAUGAUAGAUCAUUUACGCAAUUCUCAGUCAGUGGGGUUAGAAGAUCUUGCAGUUUUGAUCCUUGAUGAGGCAGACCGCCUUCUAGAACUUGGUUUUAGUGCUGAAAUAAAUGAGCUGAUUCGCGUUUGUCCAAAACGGAGACAAACCAUGCUUUUUUCAGCCACAAUGACUGAAGAAGUUGACGAAUUAAUCAAGCUUUCUCUGAGCAGGCCCAUGCGUCUUUCAGCUGAUCCAUCUACAAAACGGCCAGCAACAUUGACUGAGGAAGUUAUUCGGAUACGCCGUAUGCGUGAAGCAAAUCAGGAGGCAGUUCUUCUUGCGCUUUGUUCAAAGACCUUCACCAAGAAAGUGAUCAUUUUCAGUGGAACAAAACAGGCUGCACAUAGGUUGAAGAUUUUGUUUGGGCUGGCAGGAUUUAAAGCUGCUGAACUUCAUGGCAAUCUUACCCAGGCUCAGCGCCUUGAUGCAUUGGAACUUUUCAGGAAGCAGCAAGUGGAUUUUCUCAUUGCAACUGAUGUUGCUGCUCGUGGACUUGACAUAAUUGGUGUUCGAACUGUUAUAAAUUUCGCAUGCCCUCGUGACAUUACGAGUUAUGUUCAUCGAGUAGGUCGUACAGCAAGAGCUGGUAGAGAAGGGUAUGCUGUUACAUUUGUUACUGAUAAUGACCGAUCUCUCUUAAUGGCCAUUGCUAAGAGAGCUGGUUCGACACUGAAGAAUCGAAUAGUUGCAGAGCAAUCUAUAUUGCAGUGGUCUCAAAUGAUUGAACAAAUGGAAGAUCAAGUUGCUUCUAUUCUUCAAGAAGAAAGGGAAGAGAGAGUAUUAAGGAAAGCCGAAAUGGAAGCAAUAAAGGCAGAAAAUAUGAUUGAGCAUAAGGAUGAUAUUUAUUCGCGCCCUAAAAGAACCUGGUUCGCUACAGAACGGGAGAAGAAACUUAUAGCUAAGGCUGCAAAGGAAUCAAAGGAGAAAGGUCAGGGUGGCAAAAAUGAGGUCAUGAGUGCGCAGCAGGCAGAGGACUUGAAAACAAAGGAAAAGAGACGGAAGGAGCGUGAGAAACAUAUGCCACGAAAGAAACGCCGAAGAUUGGAAGCAGCUCGGGAGAUGAUGGAAGAUGAAGGUCAAACUGGCAAUUCAGAGCAGGGGAAUGGAAAAGGGAGCAAGGAGAAAGCAGGAAAGUCACUUGUUGAUCUGGGUUAUCAACGUGCCAAAUCAGUGAAGGCGAUACAGAAGUCACGCGAAGCUGGAAAGACCUUGCGAAAGGUGGGUAAACCAUCAAAACGUCCUUUGCAAAGAACUCAAGGCAGAACAGAAGAGAUGCAAGAAUUGUUCCAGACUGAUAUGAGCGAUAGGAAACAGAUGCGUGGCUCAAAGAGAAGCAUUAGUGGAGGAGCAAAGAAAAAAUCUAAGCAUUCUUUCAAGAGCAAAUCACGGUAUAAGCGCAAAAGAUAGGAUCAAAUUGAUUGUUGGAGUCACCAUCGAGGGAGGGGACUUGAGAGUAGAGUCACUGGAAUCCAUGACAGCAAGCUCUUCAAAUCAGAUGCUCAUUUUUGUGCAAAUGUCAUCCUUUUUUUCUAAGAGGAGCAGACUCUUAAGCAUUGGCCCAAAAUGUGUCGCUUAGGCUGCAUAAUUUUCUCUUGUGCAAGUCUAGGAAUUUUAUUUAUUAGUGGCGGGAUGGAUGUAUGUACAUUUUUAGAUCCUCCAUUGAAAAUACGAUAUCCUUUGUUUAUUUAGAAUCCUAUCGGAUAACAAUUUCAGUUCUACAA